ACAGCGUGUGGGUACGAGGCUGACGACGGGAGCCGCCUGUUUGGGUGGUUAGUGCCGUGGCCAUUGAGCGCUGUGCCCGCAGCCUUUCAGCGACGGACGUCUCGCUAGUAGUGGGUUGGGUUCGUCUGUGAGUCUCUGCAGCCUUGCCACAUCCACGUCUCAACCUCACAUUACAUUGCCCUCCUGCCCUGCAUGACACGGCUCGAGUCGGCGCUCGCAAUCAGACAUUUGGCAAAACACGCGAGAAAAACCGCAUUUUCGCGCAAUCUCCAAGGCCUCUGCGAAGUGGCUCGGGCGGGUCAGCUCCGCAGCUACGCUCGAGGCAGGCUGCUUGGCGUUUGAAUCUGCGCAGAGGCGCUGAGGAGAGAUCUCUCUCACAAACACACGUCGCCCGCUCCCGCCAUGGCGCCGGUGCUGAGGCCCAGGCAAAGCUUACCCCAGGAUAAGUUCUCGGGGUACUUUUCCAACCUGAAGAGCCAGGCGUACACGGAUCCCAGCUCGUCGAGAGGGGCCGGCACUCACAGCAUACGAUCUAUUGCGUGGAACCCUCAAGGAACGCUCGUGGCAACGGGGUCGGCAGAUAAGACGCUGCGCGUAUGGAACCCGGAGAAGCCACACGUCAAGUUCUCUACGGAGCUCAAGGGUCACUCGGCCUCGAUUGAGAAGGUUGCGUUCAACCCGACAAAGGACGCCGAGCUGUGCAGCGUGAGCAGCGACGGCGUUGUCAAGUUCUGGGACGUGCGCACCAAGGCGUGCUUCAACGAAGUGCGAGGGCUGGGCGAUGCGCUCAGCCUCGUGUGGGCUCCUGACGGGCAGACGCUGCUGGUUGGCAACCGGGACGAUGUCGUCUUCGUCCUUUCGCCGUCACAGUCGACGCCGGUGUCGUCCCAUCAGCAGCCGGUUCAGACGAACCAAAUCAGCUUCUGCUGGGGCGGCGAAAAGGCCUUCCUGGCGACGGGAGACGGUCGGACACGGAUACUGACGUACCCCGGUUUCGAGCCCGUCUUCAACCUCAACUACGGGCCUGAGCCGAGGGAGUUUAAGCUCCACGGCCACACGUCUUCGUGCCUCACGGUAGAGCUGCAGCCGACGGCGAGAUAUGUUGCGACGGGGGGGUCGGAUUCCAUCAUCUCGCUGUGGGACACAACAGACUUGAUCUGCCAGCGGACCUUGUCGGGGAUAUCGGGACCGGUAAGGAGUAUCAGUACGUCUGGCCGCCGUCUUGUCGAGCGUUUUUCCACGCUUCCUGUGUUGACUUUUUGGCCAGGUUUCACAUUUGACGGCAGCUACAUUGUUGCCGGGAGCGACGAAGGGAGCGGCGUCGAGGUCUAUCACGUCGAAACGGGAGACCACGUGCACACCUUCAAGACAGCGGGCUCAUCACCAGUGGUCGCAUGGGCGCCGACACGCUACUGCCUGGCUUAUUGCGAUCUCGGCGUGCUGAGGAUCGUUGGCGUCGAUCCGGAUCGCAAGUAAAGGCAAGGGGGGCGGUGGCGGGG